CAACAGCAACACGUGAGUUAACAGCCGGUGCUUCGCGGAGUCACGUGCCUACCAAACCCAACCCUCGCGGCUUUCGAGUGCGCUCGCACAUCAAGAUCCCGAGAAAAGGAGGAGAAGAGGAAGAAGAGGUAGAUCGAAAAUCGACGCCAUGUCGUGGCUAGCGAGGUCUUUCGCGAGCACGCUGAUGGCCGAUCGCCACGAUGGCGAGACGGAUGUGACGCAGAGGGCGGAGUCGGCGUCGUCGCCUAGUCCCCGUGAAGGAGAGGACGGCGACCCCAGCCGCGGCGUCAAGGAAGAUCUCUCCGAGAUCACCGAAGCCCUGUCCCGCCGAUUCCGCGGCGUUGCCUCCUUCCUGGCCCCUCCCCCCUCCUCAGCCGCCUCCGGCGGCGACGCUGACCCGGUCGAGGACUCCGAUGCCCUCGCAUUCGCUGGAUUCCGGAGCGACCUUGCCGAGAUCGGCGGCAGAUUCAGGUCCGGGAUCUCCAGGCUCUCCAGCUCCAAGGCGGUAUCGGAGUUCUCCAAGAUCGCGUCCACGUUCCUCCCGUUGGGACCCGGGGAAGGGGAGGAUUGGGAGCCAAAGGACGAAGAAGAAUCGGAGAGCAAGUACCGCAGUAAUGCUAUUGGCGUCACGGAGGAGGUGAUGGCCUUCGUUAGGAACAUCUCCAUGCAUCCGGAGACCUGGUUGGAUUUCCCCUUGUUGCCCGAUGACGAAGAAUCUGAUGAUUUUGACAUGUCUGAUGCCCAACAAGAACAUGCAUUGGCUGUCGAAAGACUUGCACCAAGAUUAGCUGCUUUGAGGAUUGAACUUUGCCCAAGUCAUAUGAGUGAGGGCUGCUUUUGGAAAAUUUAUUUUGUCCUUUUGCACCCUAGACUCAGUAAGCAUGAUGCCGAACUGCUCUCAACACCUCAGGUCGCGGAAGCCAGAGCAUUGCUGUUCCAGAAGUUGCAGAAUCAAGAUAUUGCAGAAGCAGAGUGGCCUGAAGUUGAUGUUUCCAACAGGAAAAUAGAUGACACCUCAGUUCAAUCCGAAGUGAAGGUCACAGAACUAAAGGAUUUAUAUGAAACUUCACCAUCCCAAGCAAAGGAAGUUAUUUCUGUGCCAAUCACCGACCCCGUGACAGAAAAACACCCAAUCCAAACAACUGAGGUAGAAGUCAUUGAUAAGUCUGUCAUCGAAGAAGAGCCACCAAGACAGCUGCAGAAGGAUCACAGUGAUGCAUCAAAGGUCUCCAUUGAGAGGUUCGACGAGGAUGGGGAUGAUUGGUUGGAAGAUGAAACAGAAGAAAUGGGCAUCUCAGGAAGCACCAGCAUUCCUAUAGGCAAUGACGAGGACGUCUCGUUUAGUGAUCUAGAGGAAGAGGAUGAUAGAAGUGCACCAAAGGCCCUCAAAAAAUGAGGGUUCAGGACUAAGAUGAUUUGGCAGUCUGGUACUAUGUGGAUGUACUUGUUCUCUGUCCCUUGAUGAGAAUUUUAUGGUGUAUGUUGGACUGCAAUUUAUCUGUUGGCAUUUUGCGAUUGUAGUGUAGAUAUAUAUAUAUAACCCACUGGUUCUUUCCCCUUGUAAAGUGUCAAAUGUGCCAUUCUGAAAACUACUGCUGCUGUCAUGAUGUAAUGUCAAACGGUAUUAGGUUUGUCCUAAUCAAGGGGUUCAAUUUCAUGAUAUGAUAUGAAGACAUGUUGUAAUAUCCUUAUUUUAUCUACUCAUCGAACUAUUUCUUUGCU